UGGCCCCGCCUUCGGGGGAGGGGGGCCGAGCGAGCCGUCGCCGCCCUCGCCUGGGAGCUGCGAGGCUUCAGUAACCCUGCAGCAGUAGCCACCUCUGUCGCUGCGGAGCUGCUUGUCUCCGGUUGCUGCUGAGCCGCGUUCGGAGCCCUGCCGAGGAGGCUGCAGCCGUAGCAGGAGCCCGCAGCCCGCGCCCGAGCCCGCAGCCGCCGCCGAGGGCGCCCCAGGCCGCGCCAUGGUGAAGGUGACGUUCAACUCGGCUCUGGCCCAGAAGGAGGCCAAGAAGGACGAGCCCAAGAGCGGAGAGGAGGCGCUCAUCAUCCCCCCCGACACCGUCGCGGUGGACUGCAAGGACCCAGAUGAAGUGGUACCAGUUGGCCAAAGAAGAGCCUGGUGUUGGUGCAUGUGCUUUGGCCUGGCAUUUAUGCUUGCAGGUGUCAUUCUAGGAGGAGCAUACCUGUACAAAUAUUUUGCACUUCAAGUAAGUGGGAAAAUGCCAGAUGACGUCUACUAUUGUGGAAUAAAGUACAUCAAGGAUGAUGUCAUCUUAAAUGAGCCUCCUGCGAACGCCCCUGCCGCCCGCUACCAGACCAUCGAGGAAAAUAUUAAGAUCUUCGAGGAAGAUGGGGUCGAGUUCAUCAGCGUGCCUGUCCCAGAGUUUGCGGACAGCGACCCUGCCAACAUUGUGCAUGACUUUAACAAGAAACUCACGGCUUAUUUAGAUCUUAACCUGGAUAAGUGCUAUGUGAUUCCUCUGAACACUUCCAUUGUUAUGCCACCCAGAAACCUACUGGAGUUACUUAUUAACAUAAAGGCUGGGACCUACCUGCCUCAGUCCUAUUUGAUCCAUGAACACAUGGUCAUCACUGAUCGCAUUGAAAACAUCGAUCACCUGGGCUUCUAUAUUUAUCGACUGUGCCAUGACAAGGAAACUUACAAACUGCAGCGCAAAGAAACCGUUAAAGGUAUUCAGAAACGUGAAGCCAGCAAUUGUGCUACGAUUCGGCAUUUUGAAAACAAAUUUGCCGUCGAAACUUUAAUUUGUUCUUGAACAGUCAAGAAAAACAUUAUGGAGAAAAACUUAAUACACAGCAUAAUAACCCCACCCUUUGUAUUUUGUGCAGUGAUUAUUUUUUAAAAUCUUCUUUCAUGUAAGUAGCAAACAGGGCUUCACUAUCUUUUCAUCUCAUUGAUUCAAUUAAAACCAUUACCUUUUAAAAAUCUUUUUUCCUUUCCAAGUGUGGUGUCUUUUAUCUUGAAUUAGUAGUUGUAUGAAGUCAUAGGUAAUAGUACACUUCACCAUAGACCUUUAGGUGUUAAGAAGAAUUCAGAUUUCCUUAAUUCAUUUAUCCAGAUUUUUAUGUUUUAAUUAUGCAUUUUCAAGAGGAGGGGUUAUCUAAUAAUCAGAUAUAUGCAUACGUAAAAAUGGACCACAGUGACUUAUUUGUAGUUGUUGCCCUGCUACUUGGUUAGAGCAUUUGAACACACAUUUUGAUUUUCCUCUAAUUAAAAUGUGCAGUAUUUUCAGUGUCAUAUUUAACUAUUUAGAGUAUAAUUUCCACCUCGAUGUUUUAAUAUCCUAGGCAUCUGCUGUAAUGAUAUUUUAGAAAAUGUUUGGAAUUUAAGAAAUAACCUGUAUUACCAAUUUGUAUAAUCUAUACUGUGCAACAGAAUAUAAAUAUCACAAAGUUGUUUGACUAAAGGACUGUGUGUUGUUUUUCCCGUAUAAUAAAGCCAAAGAACA